AUGUAUGGCUUUUUGAUACCAAAUCGAGCACAUCCAUCUAAUAGUGAAGCACCUAUUAUUGUUUCAGAACAUGGUCGAGCUUUUGGUACUGGAAUUUAUUCAAGUUAUUCAGCUGCUUAUUCAUUAUUAUAUAUUAAUGCUACUAAUACUUUUUUAGCAUGUGCAGCAAUACCAAAACGUGACAAAGUUGGGAAAAUUGAACGUUUCCAUGGAAAUAUAUUAGUUUUAUCUCAUAUAUCACAAAUUAUACCAUUAUUUUUAAUUGAUUUUAAAUAUCUAAAUGGAUUAUGGAGAAAUUAUCCUUGUUUCAAUGAAGAAAAACAAUGCAAGAUAGAUAAAAACAAUGAAAUAAAAAAACCUGUUAUUAUUUCAAGAAAAUAUUUACGAAAAGUAUUAAACUAUAUGAAUGAUGAAGUACGAAAGAACAAUCGAUAUCAAGUGCGAUCGUUUGAAUUCUUUAACUAA